GUGAGGUGUCAAGCAACCUUAUGAGCAGCACACUUAAGUAAAGUGUUGCUAAACAUAAUAAAAACUAUUCAAAUUGUGCUAUAACAUCAGUCAUUUUUUAGUACAUUAUUUGACCUAUUUCAAUUUGCCUCAGAAGAGAAAGGGUUAAAGAAGGGGAUAAUCCUCGUCUUGUGAUCCUAAGUCCAAGUAUGAAAGAAGGUCUUUAUGAGUUUAGAGCGGUCAGGCACACAAACACACACCCUCCUGCGGUGCACAGCUGAAACUGCACGGUCGGAUCGCGCUUGCUAUGCGCCCUGAUGUGGUGGCGGCGAGUAGUUGGACGUAUGGAGGAGUGUGAAAACAGUGGAGCAGAGCCAGAGGCUCUGGCCCCAGGAAGCCCCGCUGCAGAGCUGGACCUCACCAGGCUCUCCUUCGCAUACCAGGGCCUCCUGGAGAUCCCUUAUAAUAUUAUUUUUGAGCAGCGUGACACCCUCGAGAUUCUAGACUUGAGCUACAACCUGCUGGAUGAGAGCCCGGCUCUUCUGGGGGAGCUGGAGAGGCUGAGCACCCUCAUCCUGGACUGUAACAAUUACAGCGCUCAUGUCAAGUUCCCCUACAUACCCAACCUCACCACUCUGUGGAUCAACAAGAACAAAAUCAGAAACCUCCCCAUUAUAGUAGAUGAGAUACGUCGCAAGUUCCCCAAUAUUAAGCUUCUCAGUAUGAUGAAUAACGAAGCAGCCCCCAGUUACUUUAAUGGAGGGAGUCUCACCCAGUACAUUGACUACAGGCAGUAUGUUAUCAGUCAGAUUCCCAGCUUACACGUGCUGGAUGACACGGAGGUGCAAGAGACUGAGCGCGAACAUGCCAGGAAGACUUACCGGGUGCAGGGGACCAGGGAGGGCAGCAAGAAGAGGGAAAAGCUCCGUCACGGAACGACAGCUGCUCAUCACUUCACCACACUCUCGUGAAAUCUGUACUCCUUGAAACCAAAAACAAACAACUUUUCAUUCCAUGACUGCAUAAGAAUGAGAACAAUGUGGACAAGAUGUAGUUCAAGACUGCAUUUACAAAGUGAUUUGAAACCCUUGUGCAUGACAGCCAUUAGUCAGGCAAUUGUCUUUUCUUUGUUUAAUACGUUAAAAAAAGGUUAGACACGGGAAAGUGUUUGUUUUGUUUGCUUCAAAAGGCACAAAUUGUAGGGGCUUGUAUAUUCUAAAUAUGAUGAAAUUUGAACUGAAUUAUGAAAACGUCAGUUCUAUACAAAGUUGUUUCUGAAGAGCAAAUUAAAUACGCAAUGCAUAA